AUAAGCAGUGCACAACACUAGUGUUCAAAGAGAAGUGUAGUGGGGUGGAUUUUAUUAUUUUAUUUGAUAAAAUUAAAUAAAAACAAUAUUAUUCAUUUAUUUGGGUGCCGGCAAUAAAAAUAUGUUACACUUGUGAAUAUAUAAAAGUGAGUCAUUAAAUAUGUGAUCUGCAGAAUGUAAAAAUAUUAAAGACUUCGUAAAAAAUGCUUUUGUUCAUCGUAAAAACGUUCGCAAAUUACAGUGGAUGUACUCAAAAAUGAAAAUGGAAUGCAUAGUAAUUAACCAAAUAGACAGUAUUCGUAUAAGAAUGUUUUAAUUAGUGAACGAUUUUGUUUUUAAACAAUGAAUUUAAUGCGCAAAUUGCGUGGGGCGUCUGCCUCGUCUUCGGCGGAGGCUGCCGAAGCAUCAAGUUCCUCUCAUAUCCAGCUCGGAUUGAUGCAUUUGAAGAAGCUAUUCGCAGAAUACACUCAUCCACCGCAGCCAUUGACAGAGGCAGAAAAAGAUGAUAAAUUGUAUAACAUGCUACCUCUAUUUUGUAAGGUUUUCGGCACAAGUCCAUCAAGUGACAUGAAUGAAAAAUUUUGGGACAUCCUAUCAUUUUGUCAACAAGUGUCGAAGCUGAUGGUGUCUGAAAUAAGGAAGAGAGCCAGCAAUCAAAGCACGGAGGCAGCUAGUUGUGCUAUUGCUAAAUUCUUAGAGAUAGAAAAUUCAGAGGAGUCCAGUAAUGGAUGGAUGUUGUUAUCCACUUUGAAUCUCUUGGCAGCUGGUGACCAGUCUUUGAUACAGGUCAUGACUACUGCAGCUAUACCUUCAACAUUAGUAAAAUGUCUGUAUCUAUUUUUUGAUCUACCUGAAAUACCAGAGUCUGAAGCUGAUGUCCAAGAUGGUAAUAGUGAAUUUACACCAAGGGAAAGGAGGAUACUUCUGCAGAAGAUAUUUGUUCAAGUUCUAGUCAGGUUAUGCAGUCACCCUUUUCCUUGUGAGGAGUUGGCGAGGAAGGAUGAUCUGAGUUUACUGUUUGCUGCUAUAACAUCAUGGUGUGCCCCGCACAAUAUGCUGUGGAGGAAGUCUGCCGCUGAGGUUCUGAUGACUCUCUCCAGACAUGGCUUGACACAAUCUGUCGUCCAAUAUAUUCACAAUAAAGGAUGUGUGGGUCUCUGUAUUGAGAAUAUGCAAAAGAUUCCCGAGUUAACCCCACUUGAGGUCGUAGAAAUGUUUGUGGCAGUGUUCUGCUUCUUGAAAGAUUCGAGUGAAGUUAGUCAAUUAUUGUUGGACGACUUUCGCACAUGUCAAGGAUAUUUAUUUCUAUCUGAAUUCCUACUCAAACAUGAGAGACAAGAUGUGCCCGAUUAUUUGACAUCAGGGUUGGAGGAAGACAGAGUGAGUGGCACCGAAGCUCGUGCAGCGCUGAGGAACUUGGUGCUGAUGAUAUCUUCGCUAUGUGCGUGCGGCUUCUCUGAGCUCCGGCCUACCAGGGCGAAUACCGAACUUUUCCAACUACAGGGGUUCGUUUUGCCGCAGCCUUCGACGCCUGGACAAGCUGUCAGGAAUGUUCAGGCUUUUCAGGUGUUGCAAUCAGUAUUCAUGAAGUCAACGUCGGCAGCCCUGUGCUGCACCAUCCUCGACGCCAUAUCCAGCGUGUACCACGCGGACAACGCCAACUACUUCAUACUCGAGAACCAAAACACGCUCAGUCAGUUCUCGGAGAGGAUCCACACAAAAAACGCUGAAAUACAAGAGAAGUUUUUUGAGUUGCUAGAGUUUAUCGUUUUCCAGCUCAACUUUGUGCCGUGCAAGGAAUUGAUAUCACUCUCUUUGCUAUUGAAAGCGAACAGAUCAAAGAGCUGCAGCAUUCUGUGUAUGAAAACGCUGUUAAAUAUAUUAAAUAGUGGCAAGGUGGAGGGUAAUAAUUCUUCAUCACAAGAAGGCACAGGACACAAUGCGAUUUUCAAAGACGUCUACAGAGAAGUGGGAAUGCUCGAAGUGUUUGUCACUUGCUUGUCCCGUUACGCAGUAUUCCUCAAGGACAAACAACUGGAAGAAGAGAGAUGUAUUAGGGAAGGUGAUAAAACCGAAAAUGAUGCACCAAAGCCUCCGGAACGGAAAAAGAGACAAUCGAGACAGGAUUCGUUGAUAAAAGAUCCUAAUUCGGAUGUGGAGGAAGAAGAAUUGGGUGGAUUAGUUAUGGAGAGUUUAACUGCGUUGUUGAACGGGAAUGUAAAUAAUUGCAACGUGUUUAGGGACUGUGGCGGGGCAAAGUGUGUGCAUGGUAUGGUUGUACACGAAUCGUGCAGGAAUAAAGCCUUGGGGGUAGUACGGGAGUUAAUAGUGAGUGGGUCUGGGGAAGAAGAUAUGUCCGCGUUGUUAUGUGGCAUGCACGCAGCGCCCAACGAUGCUCUGAAACUAAAGCUGCACAUAUUGAAAGCUCUGCUUGUUUGUCUGCGGGACUCGCAUCGGACGAGAACUAUAUUCAGAAAAGUUAGCGGCUUCGUGUACGUAACCAGCGUGCUUGUGUCUCUGGAAGGGAAGCUGCAAGGAGACGAGCCGAUGGACCGCGACAUGUUGCAGCUGAUACACAUAGUUUUCUACACAAUAAGCACUGCUAUGAGAUUUGAACCGGCCAAUGCGAAAUUUUUUCAUCACGAGAUUUGUAUGACAACACUGUAUGAAACUAUACGCCUAUUGGGUUGUUUCACCAAAGACAUUGAGCUGCUAAACGAUACGGAAGCCGGCGAUCCAGAACUUUACGAGGUUUUUCAUGAAAUUUUUACCGGAAACAUUUUAGAAACUACAUUUCCAGAAAAAGUGCCGGUAGUGUUUGUACACGCGUGUAUCGUGUUGAGGCUAUUGUACGACGUGGCGCUGGAUUCCUUUGACAAGCCGACGUUUUGUGGCUCGCUCAAUGUGAAAUCACCUAGCUUGACCAGACAAAGUUCAGCGAUCAAUGAGGCGAAACCAGCGGGGCGUGCAACCCCCCUCAAUCUAUCAGUGGCUAACAACAGCGGCGAGGCGUGGGUGGUACAUUCGGGGGUGGUCAUAGUGUUAGCGAAGCUACUGCCCGCAUUGCCGCGUCCGCCCGAACAUGAGGACUACGCGCGCGCCAUUCGCGACUACCUCGCGCACGUACUCAAGAGUCUUGUUAGAAGUGAACGUAACCAGCAAGUGAUGUGUGGUGCGGGUCUGGCGGGAGUUGUAUUGCGUGUGUGCGGCGCCGCCUUGCGCGCUGAGAAGCAUCCGCUGCACGCGCCCGCUAUGUACGUGCUGGAGCGUCUCGCCGCGCACGCACUCCGGCCUACUGAGCUCAGGGAAUUCUUACGGAUGGGAAACCCAUUGAACUGCUUAGCUCCAGAACCAGGUCAAGUGUGGCAGCCCGGCGGACCCGUUCCUUUGACUCGAAUAAAAACCUUGGUUUCCAUGACUACGCCAAGAGAUUACAGGUCACAAAACUCAUGUACUCAACCACCAUUUGUUGAGUUCGACAUGUCAGCGGAAGGCUUUGGUUGUCUCUAUCUGCCCAGCAUAGCGCCUCAGUCUGCAAAUCUAAACGCUCUGGGCACUCAAGAUACUGCCACGCUCGGUGGAAUUGGUUCAGGAGACAGAGUUUUCCCACCUCAAACAGGCUUAACGUAUUCCACGUGGAUUUGCGUGGAGAAAUAUUCGGACCCCAGGAGCGAUCCGCACUGCGUCCGGUUGUUGACCCUAGUGAGAAACAUCAACAACAGCCGGGACGAACAUCUAGUGUGCCUCACCGUGGUUUUGUCUGCGCGGGACAAGGCGAUCAUUGUAUCUACACAGGAAACUUUGGUUCCACAUAACGUAGGCGAAUGGGAGCCUGACGGUGGCGGGGAGUGCGGCGCGCGCGUGUGGUGCCCCGACCUGCAGCAUGAAGGCCAGUGGCACCACCUCGCGCUGCUCUUCAACCGCGCCGUGCUCAAGAACUCCUCCUUCUCCCUAUACCUAGACGGUCAGCAUAUGCAUUCGGGUAAACUGCACUACGUGAGCGCGAACCCCGGCGGCGGCGCGGCGACGUUGUCUGGCGCGUCGAGCGUGUACUGCGUCAUCGGCACUCCACCGCAGUGGAGGCGGUACUCGCGGCUCGUUUGGCGACAGGGCCCUGCGCUUUUGUUGGAGGAUGUGCUUUCAGCUCAAACGAUCUCAAUAAUGUACCAGCUAGGUCCUCACUAUGUGGGCACAUUACAAGCGCCAUUGCCACCAGGGCAAAGCCAAGAGCGUUUACCGCCAUUGAUUGCUGAAGAGAAAGUUGUGUUUGGAAUAAACGCUCGCGCGUUAUCGCAGUUAACUCUUGCGAAAAUUCGAAAAGUUUAUAGUAAAAAUGACAACAAAGCGAUAGCGAAGCAACUGGGCAUGUCUUCGCAUGAAAAUGCGACCCCCAUAAGGAUAUUACAUAAUUCGGCGGGUCAUUUGAUGGGCCCCGCUAGGUGUUUAGGGGGCACGGUUGUGGGAUAUUUGGGUGUUAGGGUCUUUUGUCCUAAACCGGCAGCCAUUAUGAUAGAUACAGUCGGAGGUUGUUCAGUUUUACUCGGGUUGAUAGCAAUGGCCCAGGAUGUGGAAUGUUUAUACGCAGGCGUGAAAGCCUUAGUCUGUGUGGUGCGCUCCAACAAAGCGGCCCAGGCGGAGAUGGAUAGACGGAAAGGAUACCAAACUUUGGCAAUGUUGUUGAAGCGAAAGAAACAGUUGCUUAAUUCACAUAUACUGCAUUUAAUAUUUGGACUGGUUGGAACGGUGGACAGUCAAAAGGAAACGUCUUCGAUACCGAAUUUGACUGCGUUUCAGGAUCUUAUCUGCGAAUUAGAAGUAUGGAUAGGUGCGCCGGGAGGAUUGAUAAAAUCUCUUUUAGAACACUUACUGGAACUAGCUACAGAGACCGCUCACAGAACGCACAACCUACGCACAAUGAGAGAGUUGCAACUGGUGCCGAAACUUCUCUAUAUAGUCAAUGAUGUUAAAGUACCAAGCACAAAGAACGUACUCAUACGUCUAUUAGCCACAUUAUUAGGCGGACCUCCACGACCCAGCGACUUACUAUGUCUGGGCCAGUUUUUGGCUUACACACUGCCUUUGCCCUCACAAUCAGAACAAGGAAUAGUUAUCCUAGAAGAUUUCGAAAACGAAUGUGAAGGUGAACACAUAAUAUUGAGGAAUAAAUGUCUGUCAAUUUUAUAUUAUCUCCUAUUCGCCACUACGAAUUUGGAAAACACUCAUGUUUCUGAAGAAGUCUCAAGGGUACUGGGUUUGGACUGGUUGCUAAGUUUUAUGCAAGAGAAUGUUCACCCCACGACUGUUUUGUUGGCAUGGAAGAUACUAGUCAUUCUGUGUUCCGGCCAAGGACAGCAGUCGCCAAUAUUGCAAAGAUUUCGCGAUGGAAUGGGUAAUGGAGGCUGGCUGCGGCACACAGAGUUGGUCGCGUCGCAACAGGCCGGUGUGGUGCUCACGGCGGCCGUGCACUCGCACUCGCAUCUCCACACACAGCUGCUCUACACCUCCGGCUUUACUCUGCUCGCCUGGUUGUCACUCUCCCACCUCCAAAUACCGGAGUUAUAUUACUUGCUGUUCGGGCUAGCGCUGGGCCAACCGAUGCGUUACGUGGCCUGCGACAAGGUGGUUUCGGUGGACCGAGUAUGGGCAGCCGCUUGGGGCGGUACGGCUCCUUCUAGACAAUCAUCUGCCGCCGUAGCCGCAAAGAUAACUUUGUGCCCAGAAGCUGUCGUGAUCUUACUCGCUUGUGUCCGGUCUUUGAUACAUGCGGAGGCUGGAUCGCGACCGGAAUGGCUGAGUGAUCAUCCAGUUGCUAUUGUACAGGUGUUAUUUUCCUUCUACAACACACUGUCAGACUUCGUAACGCUAAUGAUGAGUGCGGAAGUUUUGACAGCAUUGGCCUCGACUCUAUUUCCUCCGAACACAUCGAACGACAUUCACUUGCCAAUAUGUGAAAGCGGCGAUAGUUCAGGCGCCUCGACGCCAGGGUCAGAAAAGGAUGUAGUCAUCAUAGGUAGUUCAGCCUCGCUGACUCAGCACCCGGCCCGGCAAGCUGUUAUGGACUUCCUCAGAGUCAUCGUCCUCGACUCUCUGCCCCUCAGUGUCACUGCUAAAACGUCACCUAGCGCUGUCCCCUCUGACUCAGUGCCACCGUCAAUGUUUUGUACGCCCUGCGCCACAAGAUCAUACUUUUAUUGCGUAAUAGAUCUAGUACUCGACGCGUCCCCUGCCAAUUCAAAUAGCAACCAGCAAAUUGAAUACCAAACGGAAGUUCUAACAAGUAUAAUGGAGAAUUUAUUAAAUACUGAACUGUUUGGUUCCGAGUCGAAUAUAUCCAAUGUGUGUUACUUGGCGGCUCGGCUGGUGGAUAAAUUGUGGCAGGGACAGUUAUCCAGGGAUCCCCACGAAGUAUUUGACUUCUUAGUAAAACUAUUAACGCAAGCCAAGAAAAAGUCAUCAGUAAUAUCUCUAGAGGGCUUGCACCAUUGUCUCAACAGAACAAUACUGUUCCUAUUGUCGCGAUCUACUGAUUCCAUCGCAGACCAAAUGUCUGUGCUUGAGGCUUUGCACAAACUCACUACUAACAGGUUAUUAAUAUUCGGCGCAGGGAACCAUGAGUUGGAAUUCGUGGGUAGUUUGACGUACUGUUUGCUGCAACUGAGCGCGAACAUGAAGAUAGCGCUCGACUCGCACAUGCGCACCACGUGGCACGUAAACCCUAGCGGAGAUCUGGAAUCCAGAGACGACAAACUUACUGCGCAUCAAGGUCGUAAUUUAAUGGCCGGCGCUGCGAGGCGUGUAUGGGAAGAGUUGUACGCAUGCAAGAAGCCGGCUAUCGAGGAAGUGUUCAAGAUGACACUAGUGCCGCCCGCCGGGAACGCCCGCGCUCCAGACCUGACGGCGGUGCGGGAACAACUCAACGAGAGCGCGCAUAAAUUGUGGAUCAACUACAUCGAUACUGAGAGAAAGGCAGUAUAUCGAGUACCAUGGGAGCUUCACAAUCAAAUACAAUCGAAGAUACAGAAAGUGACGGGUGGUCUGACCCGACUCGCCUCGCGGACCAAAGUGAAGAAGGAGGACGCCGCCAAACAACGUCCGCACCCGCCGCGUGACCACGCGCUCGCGUACAUGCAGGACCACGUGCAGUUGGUUAGACAAGCGUGGGGAGUGCAACUAGCAGCGGCUACCAACACUAGCGCACACACCACGCGCUACGUACAGGCUGAAUGGAGCAGCGCGUGGCGGGAGCUGACCCGUGAGAGGGGCCUAUGGGGCCCUACCCGGCCCUCGCCGCUCGACAAGUGGGCCCUGCACUGCACUGAGGGCCCUUGCCGCAUGCGCAAGCAGCUGCGGCGUAAUUACGCCUUCUAUACCCAUUACCCGUAUAGACCGGAGCUUGAGCGGCCUGAUAAUAAACAAUUGAAAUAUAAAGUGGCACAAAGUCUGGACAGUAAAGAGUACUACAGAGUAUAUCAACAGACGAGGAUCAAUUUAGGAGAAGCGGAUAGUAUUGAGGCAUCAGAAAUUGCUAGCUACGAGGAAGAAAUACCUAGCAAUAAAGACUUAUCGAUCGAUGUCAGCAACGAGUCCGGUUCGCCGUCAGAUCUUGUCAGCAGCGGAGUCGUGAGUCGCGGCACCAAUCAGUCCGCUGAAGCCAACGAAGACGGUCCAGAUGUUGAGGAUGAAGAUGAGCAGCAGUCUCCUCCUCCUGACAAUCAAACUCUUCUUAGACUACUGGAGCACCAUGAAAAGAUCUCCCACAUGUUCCGUUGUGCGCGUAUCCAAGGUCUCGACACAACUGAGGGUCUCUUAUUGUUCGGGCGUGAACAUUGUUACGUUAUCGAUGGGUUUACACUGCUCAAGAACAGAGAAAUCCGCGACUUGGACAGUUGUCCCGACGAUUAUGAACCCAUACUACCCAGUCAAGGGAUACAAAAGAGCAAUCAAAGACAAUGCUCCAAGUUUUUGUACGAAGACAUCAGGGAGGUCCAUAAACGGAGAUAUUUGUUGCAACCUAUAGCUUUGGAGGUGUUUUCUAGCGAUGGUCGAAAUUAUUUGUUGGCAUUCCCUAGAAAAGUGCGAAACAAGGUAUACAGUAGGUUCACAGCGCUCGCUACGGGCAUGUCGGACAGUGCUGCGGGCUCGGUGGCGGGACAGAAGCGUGGUGUUGCCGUGGAGCAGCCGGCCGGGUUGCUGGCGACGCUCAUUGGAGACACCUCGGUGACGCAGCGCUGGCUGAGAGGUGAAAUAUCAAAUUUCCAAUACCUGAUGCAUCUCAACACACUAGCUGGUCGCUCGUAUAAUGAUCUCAUGCAAUAUCCAGUUUUCCCCUGGAUUCUAGCCGAUUACGACUCUUUGGAAUUAGACCUUACGCAUCCGGCUACAUUUCGGGAUUUGGCGAAACCGAUGGGAGCGCAGAGUCCGGAUAGAUUAGAACAAUUCAGGAAAAGAUAUAAGGAAUGGGAUGACCCACACGGCGAAACGCCGCCGUACCAUUACGGCACGCACUAUUCGUCUGCAAUGAUAGUUUGUUCAUAUCUCGUCCGAAUGGAGCCUUUUACGCAACACUUCUUAAGACUACAGGGAGGACAUUUUGAUUUGGCUGACAGAAUGUUUCACUCCAUCAAAGAGGGUUGGAAUUCAGCGUCGCGGCACAAUAUGGCCGACGUCAAGGAAUUGAUACCGGAAUUCUUUUACUUGCCCGAGUUAUUGGAGAAUUCCAACAAUUUUGAUUUAGGUUGCAAGCAGUCAGGAGUGGCGUUAGGAGACGUCGUGCUUCCACCAUGGGCGAAAGGCGACCCCCGUGAGUUCAUUCGUUUGCAUCGCGCCGCGUUGGAGUCUGACUACGUGUCCCAUAGACUGCACCAUUGGAUUGAUCUCGUGUUCGGUUACAAGCAACAAGGUCAACCUGCUGUGGAAGCUUGCAAUGUAUUCCAUCACUUAUUUUACGAAGGGAACGUCGAUAUAUACAACAUUGAUGACCCCUUAAAAAAGAAUGCAACCAUAGGCUUCAUCAAUAACUUCGGCCAAAUACCCAAACAACUUUUCAAAAAAGCGCAUCCAAGCAAGAAAAUGUCGCAACGAAGUUCGACAAUUUUGGACCCAAACAACAUAAUACCAUCGCAGGGAAUCACACCACCAGAGAAGUUAUUCUUCCACAAUCUAGAGAAUUUGAGGCCUUCACUACAACCAGUUAAAGAAGUCAAAGGACCGGUCGGUCAAAUUUUCUACACCGAUAAAGCAAUCCUAGCUGUAGAACAAAACAAAGUGUUGAUGCCUCCUACGUACAAUAAAUACGUGGCAUGGGGCUUCGCUGAUCAUUCGCUAAGGAUUGGGAACUACGAUAACGAUAAAGCUAUAUUCGUAUGUGAGACAGUCGCGCAGGCUUGCGGCGAGAUAGUCGCAUGCGUUUGUCUGUCGGAUAAGACUAUUGUUACGGCUGGAACGAGUUCGGUGGUGACGGUGUGGCAGUACUGGGCGCGGCGCCGUCGCCUGGUGGUCAAGACGUGUCUGUACGGACACGAGGAGGCGGUGACGUGCCUGGCCGCCAGCGCCGCGUACAACCUGGUGGUGAGCGGCAGCAGGGACGGGCAGCUCAUCGUGUGGGACGUAGAGCGCGGCGCGUUCGUGCGCCAGCUCGUGCCGCCCGCCGCCGUCUGCCCGCCGCCCGUGUCGGCGCUGGCUAUCGACGAACUUACUGGUGACAUAGCGACGUGUAGCGGCAGCUGGUUGCACGUGUGGUCGAUCAACGGCGCGCUGCUGGGCGCUGUGGACACGGGCGGCGAGCGCGCGCCGCAGGUGCUGUGCGUGGCCUUCAGCCAGACGCGCGAGUGGGACCCGCUCAACGUCGUCAUCACCGGCUCCACCGACGGCGUCGUUAGGAUGUGGUCAAUCGAUUACAUUGCGAAAACCGUUGAAGAUGAAGAAAAAAGCGCCGAUGCCGACAGUAUAGAACUGGCAUCAAGUUCCAUAGACACGGACAAACAUAAACACGAGCAGAAACUAUCCGUGCAAGACAGCGAGGAGGCUAAGUCAGAGAGUGAAGUGAAAUCUGAAAGUGAUAUAAAAACUGAAGAUAUUGAGCCAUGUGCAAGAGAGGCAGCUAUAAAGAGAGUGGAAGAGUUAGUUAAACAAAUGAGUCUGUCGCAGGAAAAUGGAGGGAAUCUCACGAAAUCAGCAUCAGAAAGUUCUCUCUCAGACACUGGAGAAACUACAAGCGCCAAAGAAUCCGCGCGUAGACACGACGAAAAGGACACUUGCAGCGACAAUGAAGAGCCACAGUAUGAGCGUAAAGAGGAGGUGGACUCUUGCGAGGAGACCAAAGAGGAGUAUGACAACGAGAAAGACUUGGAAGAAGAGAAAGAGUUGACGCAACGGAACAAACUGCAGAAGCAAGGGAAUGUUGUGCUGCGGAGAAAAUCAAAGGGCAACCCGUUAUAUCGCAAAAGUGGCGGCAGCAUAGGUGAUUCCAGCGAGACAAGCUCAGUAGAGGCGGUGCAGUCUAUGGAGGCUCCGGAAAGCGGACUGCGGCCGAGCAAGUCUGACACCAGUCUCACGGACUCCUUCGUAGUGCUGUCCGCGCCGUCCUCCCCCGCGCCGCACCAUCGACCUCCUGUCAAGGAUAAUUCUUACCCGGACACGGGAACGACGUGGGUGCGCCGACUCGUGCUGCGCGGCAAGCUGACCAUGCACACGGCGUACGAGCGGCGCGACAACGCGUGCCCCGCCUCCGUCACCGCGGUCGCCGCCGCCAAGAGCGGGCGCGGGCUGGCCGUCGGCGACGCUAGAGGACGGAUAUUCCGCUGGUCGGCACCGGACAUGUCGAGCGCGGCGGGCGCGAAGGGCGGGCCGGCCGACCACUGGAUUCGAGACGACACUGCGCCCUUCUGCACGCAGUGCCAGGUGCGUUUUACUGCACUGGAGCGUCGGCACCACUGCCGCGAGUGCGGCGCCGUGUUCUGCGGCCGCUGCUCGCGGUACGAGGCACCCGUGCGUCGCCUGCGCGCGCUGCGGCCCGUGCGCGUGUGCCAGCGCUGCCACGACCACAUCCACGCUGGCAACGACUAGUUCCUCGAGUCCGGGAUAUAUCUCGUGAUGAGAAAUAGACAAAAGAGACCGACUAUUGUGGACCCAUUACAGAAAUAAAAUGAAUGACGAAAAAUCCUUGAGACGAAUAUCUUAGCAUUCCAUGGAUUCACCGUGCAGGUGCCGGGUCCAUCGCGUGGUAGAGAGAAAAACCCCGAGCAAAGUCCGGGACUUGUGACUACUUAUACUAUGACUAUAAGGAAUUCCUUGACGAUCGAUCAACUCUCUGCUCUCCUCUCUCUUCUCUGCUCGUGUUGUUCUCCCUACCUAUCCAAAUUUGGUAAGAUCCCAUUAGAGCACCUUUGGAUACUCGUUCUAAUAUAGAACUAGCUGCACUUCUAGAGAGGCCAAGGUCUUUAAGCAAGUUAUAGAGAGAUUUUGCUGGUAAUCCUCUCGCACCUACUUCUACGACGUACAGACUAACUACAUAGCCAUUUUUAGUUAGUUCAUUUGUUAGAUCAUAAUUUUAAUUUUAUAUAAAAUAAAGAAAUAAAAUGAGCCUAAUGCAAUCGGGAAUAGUGUAGCUUCCCAAUAGUGACCGUGAUACAACUCGUGGUUCGCAUCAGUAGCUUCAAAUCCAUACGGGGCCCUUAGUCAUGAGCUGGUUUUUGCAACGUGAUAUUAUCCUAUGCCCCGUAUGGGCUCUAAACUAGCCGGGCAUACUCCGACGUUGUAAUAUGAACAACACUCACGAUAGUUGGAAUUCUAAAACAGUCAACUCAGUCAAGAGUGAUAUUGUUAUUUAAUGAAUGACACAAAUUGGAACAUUUUCACACGGUUCAUUCAUCAAAUAUGGGCCCAGCAAUAAAAAAUGGUCUUUAUUCAACAAAUAGCGGCGCAACCGGAAAUAUCUCUUUCAUUGCCUUGGGACGAAAGGGGACAAUAACAGGAAUAACUCUGCCGUCACUGGUCGACAUUUUGUCUAUUUCUCUUCACGAGAUAUGACUUAGUUCGCAUGCAGGGCCAGCUGAAGCAUAUAAACGAUUUUUAAUUUUAUGGUAAAAGACAAAGACUACCUCUUUUGCUUAGCACAUAUUUACAAAUUGUCUUUAAAUUUUUGAUUUGUAAUGUAAUAUGUCAUUACAUAACCAAGUGUAGUGCCACAAACUUACCUGGGCCUGUAGCCAUGUGGCAAGACCAUUCUCUUUCUACAAGCGCUAACGCUUCUAAAAUUGAAAAAAUGUGUGGGAAUAGCAUUUGCUAUCGACAGGUCACGUGAUCGAGUUGUCAAACGGAUCUGUCUUUCCCAUACAUUUUUUUAGUUUUCGAAGCGUUAGCGUUUGCAGGAAGAGAAUCGUCGUGCCACAUGGCUACAGUGGCUGUCGAUUCUCUUUCAACGAUCACUAACGCUUCGAAAACUAUGGGAACGACACAGAUGACAAGACGAAACGUUAGCGAUCGUAGAAAGAGAAUCGACGUACCACUUAGCUACUGGGGCUGGCCCGGUGAGCGCCUCACUGUUGUCGCGCUUUUAGUAUAAUGUUUUGCAAAAUGUCGACCGCCUCGACUUUGAUUCCAGUUUUAGCCACUAGGUCUAGGUCUAGGUCAGAAAAGUUUGUAGCACUAUAACUUCACCUUUAUCAUUUGUACAUCAACUCAUGAAUUGCCAGUUUUUUGUAACAUAUUACUGAGGCUAAAAGUGAGCCCUUUAUUGCGGCUGAUAUGAAGUUGAUCUUUCGACUUAAAUCACGUUCCCUAGUUCUUAAUGUCAGUUUUACACGACUAUAAAAACUUACAAAUUGAACUCAGUAUAGCUUGGCAAAAAAGUGUAGAAACUAAACUAUUUUUUUUUCCCUCUUGCAACACUGUUCAACUUGUCAGUUGUUAGUGUCUAUGCUCUAUGCUGUCAAAGUGAUUAUUUUGUCGGCUUUGAAGGUUAUGUUGUCAUGGUUACGUUUACGUUUCUCGUAUUUGUGUUGCCAUAUUGGCGAUAGUGGCGCCUCUAUUCAUUUCUACUUUUUUUUGUCAAGCUAUACAUAUAUUAUUUAAAAUAUGUAAAGGAAAUGCUUACACGGCUAUGAAACAUUGUAUCUCCACUUUUAGAGGUAACGUACCGAAUAUAAAAUAUUAACCAAAGGCUAUGUACCAAUUAAAUGGAAUUUAUCGGAAAAAUGUAAUUAAACAAAUAUAUGUGUAAAUUGUUAACUUUUAGCUUACUAUGCUACGUUUUAGAACUGCAGGCAAUCUCCGUUUGUCAUUGAUCAAAUUUUCAUAAGCGUCGAGAACAAGUCUUGAAAGCGAUAGUGUAACAAUUGAGUCCUCGACCGCGUGAUACAGGGGUAUGGAAAUGGGGAAAGAAAACUGGGUGGUAAUUUGUAAUAUUUGCUAUAUUUUUUAAAUACAAUGAUUAUUAUUUUCCUACUACCCUCCAAGUCGGAAAGAACUGUGUUAUAGUCUGGCUAUUUCGUUGAUGACACUACCAUGAUAUGCGGGCGACGGGGGGGAAAAAAAAACUGCGCGGGUGUGAAAUCGUGCGUGCGGGAGGUGAGGGCAACAGGGUUUCAUUCAUCGCUACACGCCCCCCGGCCCGCGCGGACCAUCGGGAGUGUUACGAACGAAGUUGCCAAGCUAUAAUAGUGUGUACGUGUGUAGUCCAGCAGACGGGAUCGGACCACCACCUCUUGGGUGAUGAGGCCCCAUUGCCGUUGAGCUAUCAAAGCUUUAUAUAGGUACCGCGUCCCUCUUCUGCGCGGGCGGUUAUGUUGUUGAAUUGGUGGCUCAGACCAAUUAUAGAAGGACCAGUACCUCACCCAAAUUCAAGAACAAAAUUGUCUCUCAUUUUCUGAGGAAAACGCCAUUCAACUACUACACAAAAUGCAUUUUUACGGGGUCCUUUACCGACGAACACGAUUGCAACUAUGAAACAUCGAUACUAUAUACUUUGACUUUUUUAUAUCUCUCAAAGAAAGUCUUUCCAUGUUUGUAUUGUCUGCCUUCCUAAUGCCUCCCUUGGUCAAAACCCCUGUGCACGCCUUUGCUGGAAAUGACGCCCAUUUAUAGAUAAUUUUACGUUAUACUUUACAUAAAUAAACUAUUUUAUGAAAAGACAAAUAUAAAAGACUUCUUUCAUAAAUGAAAUACCAAGUAUUCGCUUUCUACUACCCUUAUUAUAUACUUGCGUGCAGCUAAUAAACUAAAUAUAAACUAUAGGUAUCAGUAUCAAUUAUUAAAUUAUUUAAUUAUGAAAUCGUACAAAGUAUUGAGCAGUCUAAUAUUUAUUAUUUAUUUAUUUAUGUAAGAAAAGUCAUUACUGUUAUAAAUUUGAUAUUAUAAUUUUAUUAAAAAAAAAAUUAUCAAGACAGUAUUAUUUAAUGAAAUUUUAUGGAUAUGAAUAAUAUUAUAUUCCAUAAUGUAUUAGGAUCUCGAUUUAGAAAUGUUUCUAUAAAAUUAUUUAACAUUAUAUUUUGUUAAUUAUCGCAUAUUUAUAAUUAAAUUAAGUUUUAUUUAUUAAUUUUUAAAAUUGUGAUAUUUUAAUUUUUUGCUUCUAUAGAUUUAAUCAAGUAUCUAGAUAAGUGUUUUCAAGUGUAACUAUAUUAUCUGUAUUAUUAUUGAUAUAGGGUGUAUUAAUGUUAGAGCUAGUCACGUUUAUAUAAUAUCCCCUAUUACGUUCAACCCUAUAUAUUUUUUUAUUUUGACUUUCGUAGAACCCAAUUAUAUGAAAAUAUUAGAAAAUUCAAUGCAUUUAAUGAAAUCUUAUGGCAGUUUUUAUUGUAAUUUGUAAGACAACAGUUGUUCGAGAUCAGCUAAACAAUAUUCUAUAGUCUUGCAAGUUCGUUGAUCACACUCCCAUGAUAUGCGGGCGACGGGGGGAAAACUGCGCGGGUGUGAAAUUGUGCUUGCGGGGAAUUGAGGCACAUCAGUUGUGUUGUGGUGUUUUCAGUCAUCGCUACACGCCCCGCGCGCAACAUCUGGAGUGUUACGAACGAAGUUGCCAAGCUAUACCAAUCUGUGUUACGCUUUAUGUAUAAUUUAUUAGAUAUGUAAGUUAUUACUAUUAAAAUAAUAUAUUAUUUACCACGUUAUUAAGUGCUAAAAUAUGAUUUCCCUUUUUUUGAUGCAUUUUAGAUGACAUUCCUAGUCUUCAGUGUGUUAAUAAAAUGUAUAUAUAGCCGUUUUUUCAUAUGUUGAUAUUUUGAUGAUUGAUUGGUUGAGUUUUGUAUAUCCAUUUAUGUAUUUUUUUUAUUAUAGUGUAUUAUUAUAUUUCCAUAUGUAUAACAAUAUUUUAUUUAUUGUCAAACUUUGUAAAAUAUCCUAUUUUGUCCUUGGUUGUUUUAAAUUUUUAGACUUUCUUUAGGUAAUAUGCUAUUUGACAUUAUCAUGGAAAGCGUUUAAAAAUUAAUAUCCAUAGUUGCCUAUAUUAUUGAAUGCUAAUCAAUGAAACAUUCAUUAAUAGUAUGUUUUUAUUUGCCUGUAUAAAAUAUAAUAAAUGUAACAGUUACAUAUAUAAUUCAAAAAUAGUUUUAUAUAUUUGUAAAUUAUUAGCGAAAAUUUAUAUAAAUUAUUAGGCAAUGCAACCAGUCACCUAAUAAUUUUUCGAGUCAGUAGCACAUGUAGGUUUGCUCUUCAAUGUAUUAAAACUUAUUGUAUAAUUAUAUUGUAUUCGUAAGUGGAUGUUCUUUGGUCACUGAAACUGCUGUAUAGGGGAUAAUAACAGACAAUAGUUAUGUUGUUUAGGUAGUAUGUAGGCACUGAAGUUUAUGCCGUUGAUAUAUUCAUGUAUAAAUGAAUAAAGUGGUGCAGCAAACCCA